AUGGACUCAGACUUGGAGUUGAUAGAGGUUGAAAGAAAGAGGAGCAACCCAGAAGGAGAUCAACAACCCUUAAGCCAACUUCAAAGUCUCCCGCGCCACCUCGUCCUUUGCAUACUUUCAAGGCUUCCCGUAUCAUCUUUGGUUCGGCUCAAGUCCGUAUGCAGAGGUUGGCGCAUGUUAGCACAAGAUCCUGAUCUUGUUAAUAUGCAUAGCACAUGCAUGGAUGCAGAGAACAAUCCAUGCCUCAUAUUCCCCAGUGAUUGUACCACUAGAGAACGGCUUUACUUUGUAGACUUUCCUGCUUGCAGCCAUGGGGAGGAGAAGGUUAAAAGGUUCCGAGUGCCUUCCCGGAAGGCACUGCGUAAGUUUGAUGUGCUAGGCUCAUCUAAUGGUUUAUUAUGCUUAUCUGCUUCAUUACAUCAGAAUGAUGCAGCACUCUACGUAUGCAAUCCUUUUAUCAGGAACUACGUACGUUUAACAAACUAG